AUGUUAUCUCGGCUUCUGAAUUCUACGCUGGAAAAGCUGUCAAUCAAAGAAGUGGCACCUUUGGAAUCUCCUAAGGAUUUAUAUCCAACUCUGUCUUUUCCUCCGCCUCAUCCGGCGGGGAAAGGAACCCGAUCAAUAUGUGCACGAUGUCUGACCCUACUCUCCCAUAUGAUAAAACUAUAUGGAGAUGGAACAAAGCAAGAUAAACUUCAGAUUGUGCACUCUCCAUCAAUGCAAGUACGCGAUUUUCGACCAAAGCACAGAAGUCUAUGGAUACAUCCUAAGGAUGAUCCCGAGGAGGAUCCAUUAGAUGAGAAUUGCGUUAUAUGUGCAAAGAUCAGAAUUCUUUUCGAUGCAAUGCAAGCACAUGUAUCAUUUGAACCUUCCUUGCGAGAUGCACCCUAUGAGGACUGGAGUUUAAUUUGGGCGGGAAGCAUUGAUAUUCCAAAUAGAUGUCUUAGUGUACUUAUUACCACAAAACAUAAGGGCGGAUUUUCAUGGGGAAUUGGUGGCUUUAAGGUCUACCCCGGUGUGGACAAUAAUUCUGUACAUAUACCAGCCUCCGAGGAAACGUCCCGUGAUUACCCUGUUAUUGUACCACUGGAUUUUCAGGAUCCCACAGGGCAAGAUACUAAUAUCAUCCAACCUGAGCCUGCUGCUUUCUGUUCAACACUAAGCGCCGGAACAACGGCCGGGGUAAGGUUAUGGAUGAAUACUUGCGCAAACUCACAUACACAGUGUCGCAGGAUAUUCAGAAAGGGUGGCGACGAUCAAUAUGAACCGGAAACAUAUUGGUUUCCAGAUCGCCUACUUAAAAUUGCUCGAGACGACUCUGAGCCUGGAUAUUCGGAUAUAAGUGCGCGUUUGGUAGUCAGAUCUCAUCCUGCCGACUUUCCUCCAGGAUGGAAGGGGUUAGACUACGCUUCUCUCUCUCAUUCUUGGGGUCCUGAGCCGAAUCCUUCUGCUCCUCUUGGUGGUCGUGUCGGGGCAGUGCUCACUAAGUCAAAUCUUGCCCUUUGGCGAGUUGACGUACCACUCGAUGAUCUUCCACUCACCUUCAGGCAUGCAAUAAUUGUCUGUGUGACGUUGGGAUUUCAGUACAUCUGGAUUGAUAGCUUAUGCAUUGUCCAAGACAGCCUUGAAGAUUGGCAGGAGCAGAGCGCUAUGAUGAGAGAUGUGUACAAGUUUGCAUGGCUAAACAUUGCGGCUCUAUCCACUACAUCCGACUAUGAAGGUUUUAUCAAUGAAUAUCGAGAUCCACGAGCCGAGUUUGGAUUUCGAACUUCUUUUGCAUCUAUUCUUGGCCAUGAUCUUGGACAAAGAAACACUGAUAAUGACGACUGCUUGUUACUUAGUGGCGUAGCAAGGCUUUUGUGGAACUUCUCCUCUGAUAUACCUGGCAAUACUGUGUCGAAUGCACCCUUAUUUACACGAGCAUGGGUAUACCAAGAGCGCAGUCUUGCUCGACGGACUCUCGCUUUUGCGAAGAAUAGUGUGUAUUGGGCUUGUGAUGAACAUUCUGGUGGAGAACAGCCCGAAUGGUCUGGUGUUGAAGGCUCGAGUUUACGAAGAACGUUACACUUUGUGCGGGAAACGGCUGUAUUGAACCCGCCUUCUGAAGAGCAACUAAUGCGGUUACUAAGAGAUUUUGAAAAAACCUGGCAAUCCACCGUAGCAGCAUACACACGUUGUAAAUUGACACAAAGCAUUGAUAAACUCAUUGCCGUUUCAUCCAUCGCUCAAGAACUGGCGGCAAUGAUGCCACAGAAAUAUCUCGCGGGCCUAUAUGAUUUCAACGUUGUGCAUCAACUGACUUGGGUUAACAUAGAUGGACGAACCACACCACCAAGAAAGCGAGUUGGAGACCCAGAGUACGUAGCUCCAAGUUGGAGUUGGGCCAGUGUUGAAGCACCAGUACAUAAUUAUACCAUCACUGCAUCCGGCGUCAGUCCAAAAUAUGAAGAAACCCCUGGUCUUAAACAAUUUGCACUAGCCAAUGUAAUAGGCGCAGACGUGGCACUUGAAACAGAGUACCUCUUUGGUUUUGUGAAAGCGGGAUGGAUGAGAUUACGCGGACGUUUGAAUCGUGUAAAGGCAGCUUACAAUAGAGCACCGAGUUGGAAUGCUUGGGAAAAAAGUGUUCAGCUUAUUGACGAAGACACGGGACAAGGUAUAUGGUAUACCGGAGAUACGGUAGAGGCAUAUGAGAUUAUUAGUUGGAAUACGGGCAUCAGAAGCUUGGUGUGGAUGCCGCUGCUGAUAACAUUCGAUAGCACUGUGUCAUGCCAAUGCAUCUUCCUCGUUGAGGUGGAUGCUUCGGAUCAAAUCGGCGAUGAUGGAAAAUUUGUCAAGCCGGGUGAGAAAGUAUAUAGAAGGGUUGCGAGUGGAAAUUUUGGGAGUGUCACGAGUAGUCAUCGACAUAAUAAAUUAAUUAUGGGAUUGGGGAGAUAUCCGUUUAUGCGAGAGAAAGAUGGCCAAGGACAGGCGUUAGCAAAUGAAUUUAAGAGAAGAGAAGAUGGAUUCGAGCAGAUAGUUAUCAUUUAA